AAUAUAUUGAUUGGUAAUGUUCAUAGCAAUAUUUCUCAAGAAAAAUUACAAAUGGAUGUUAUAGAAAAAUUCCCAACCAGAGCUUUCCACCAUUAUCCGAGAAUAAACUCAGACAUCAAAAGGAGACUCACCCUCGGAUUUUUGCCAAGCAAAAGAACAUGCAACUUGCACAAAAAGAUGGAGAUACAACAAAGAAGUUUAUGUUUCAAGAAGAAUGUCCAAAACAAAACUUGGGAUAGCAAUAGAAUUUCAGCCAUAUUACCAAACAAAGGCCCCAAAUCUGGGCAAAAUUCAAUGUCUCCGGCAGAGAUAGUAGAUCACUUCUACACAUGUAUCAAUGAGAAAGAGCUGCAACAAUUGGAUGAAUGCAUAUCUCAAGAUGCCUGCUUUUAUGACUAUACCUUCAUCAAUCCAUUUCAAGGAAAGAAGGAAGUGAUGCAUUUCUUACAGCAGCUUACUUCUGGUAUGGGCCAGAAUGUGAAAUUCAGAGUGAGAAACAUAUGCGAGGGAGAUGAUUUAACUGUCGCGGCAAAAUGGCAUUUGGAAUGGAAGAACGAACGAAUCCCAUUCACCAGAGGCUGCAGUUUCUUCCAGUUAGCAAAAGUAGAAGAAAGUGUGACAAUUAGGAGCGCUGAGAUAUUUAUCGAAUCACUAGUCAAACCAGGAAGCAUAGUUUUGACCAUGUUGAAGACUGUGACCUCAUUGUUUGAUGACUUUCCAAAAGCAACAGAAUGGUUUUUAAGAAGACCUCAUUCAAUACUAAUAUGGAUGUUGAAAAUUUACAACAUAUUUGUAGCACCUUUCCUUAAUCCAAUACUAGAUGGCUACAUAAAGCUAUGGAGCUUCAUGAUACGAUUGAUUAGCUAUGCAUUCAGUGUUGCUAUGUUUAUUUCUAAGAAUAUAUUUAAGUAGAGGGUAUGAUAUCUCACAUCACUUGCCGUCAUCAUCGGCUUUGCGGUUCCACCAUGUAUCCAACAGUGAGAGAGCAACCAAAGGUCCUAUAACAGGAGGAAGUGGGGGAGGCCGGCUAUAGGCGACUAUAGGGUCAAUCAUCUCUUUAGUUGCUAGCCCGAUUUCGCCAGAUUCAUUCUUAUCUUGUUUUUUAGGUGUUGAUGUCGCCAAUAUACCUAGAUCAAUACAAGAUGUCAUUUCAUUACUAAACAUUGUUUCAAUAAUUUUCUUAUAUUUGCAAGUUCUCUCUGUCUAACAAGUUACUGCCAA